CUUGGCAUGUCAUGCAUGUUGAGCAUGUUGACCUGUUGACAGAAUACCGCCGUCGUUGUUUUCUCUAGAAAAUUUUUGAAAAGUCGCGAGAAAGCGCAAUAAUUUAUCCUGUCUGUUCGGCUGACGAUGGCGUUGCAUGUCACCACAGAGAUAGGAAUACCAGGGCGAAAAGAGCGUGAGAGACGUCACUUUCCCGAGCGACGAGGCUACGAAAAGUCCACAGUCCGAGGGCGCCGUUACAUACCCCAUGGGCAGGGAUCUGAACCAGACUGGCAGCCCCACCCUCACUGCCUGCAAGUCAAAUAUUCCGAGCAGGGUCCUGAUUGGUCGUCCCGUUUAAGGUACAUCCCUGCACCCACCGAACCAGAACCGAGGGAGGAUUAUCGACUCCCUUCCCUUCGAUGUUUUCCAGGACGUCAUGCCAGGUCAUACGAAGAAUGGACAUUCUAUCCUGAGGGGUUCCACGUUGGCCGUCGUUGCCAGUUCCCAGCUGACGCCUUGCCAGAAGACAAGAACCAUCUCGCCAGCAUUACCUCAACCAACGAAGUAACUCACUCCGAAAUGCUGGGAAUGAAUCGAAAAUUGCCAACCAUGUUUGAAAGAAGAGGGUUCUACCCGCAAGCGUCCCCUGGCGACAAAUCCUACCAGGCUUCUGAAUACUCUCCAAAGUUCCACAUGUUCGGCUCUACCAGGCCGGUUGUCAACUUUGGUGGUCCGCCCAAGAGGAAACCCGACACAUUUGUUCCGUUGCAGGAGCUUCCACCAUACCCCUGUGAGCCAUACAAAAGCAGGGAGAGGAGGCGUAAUCACAAGGAAGAGCUUGAAUCCGUCCGGUUACUGGAUAUCUGGGAGCCCGCCAUGCCACUGGGGCUCCCCUUUGGAUGCGAAGAUCGGAAGUUUAUCGCUGUCUAAGCUGUCUUCAAUCAGGGCUGGCUGGGAGUAAUCUUUUGGAUAGUCAUUGCAAAGAUAAAGAGAUGGGAUGAUCCGCAAAGGAAGCAAUUCUUAGCAGGAAGAGCAUCUGCCAAGUGCAGACUUCAUCAGUCACUGAAAAUGAUUGAAUGGGAGGGGGGCUGCUAUCGCAAGAAAACAACUGUAAAGGAGUUGAAGGAAACAUGGGAUUUAAAAUGUGUACCAAGUCCUGUAGAGCAACUCUUGUUUUUUCUGACUUUACUUCCAAAAGGCAUGCUUUUUCCGUGGGACAUUAACUUAUUGGGCAACUAUGUUUUUCCAAGGCAAGCACUGUACUUUUUGCGAAUAUGCAGAUCAGAUUUGUUUGUGGCCUUUUUUGCUGUAGUCUUUCUCAACUCUGUGUUCGGGCAAUGUAAAAAUUGCUGAGAUAUGUGAUAUUUCACAUUUGAUAUUACCUCGAAUCAAACUAAUAUUUUCAACGACCAACAAGUAAAGAAUGCAGUCUUCAGGUCCAAUGUUGAAUACCUUUAUUAUUGGCAUAAUAAAUUGAAACAGUGGAAUAUGGGCAGAAUUGCUACCUACACUGUAAGUAAACGUUCAACUUACCCAUCUUUUUAGUUUACUUUGGUAUCAAAAUCAACUAACUUUUAAAUCAAACAUGAUUUCCUUUUAUGGAAACCACCAGUGUAUUCUUUUAAUA